AAGCGAUCGCUCGUGCGGUGGAGACGGUGUGGAAUAUAUUUUGGAAAGACUUCUACAGUUGCUGCCCAGCUGCCGACGCUAUACAAAUUUUUGCAAGAACUCAUAUAACAAAAAUUAUAAUAAGCGAUAAAUUCCCGCCGAAUCUCUUGCCAUUAAACCAACCAAGUGCAACAACUAAAAAUUAUUUAUUGUUAAUUACUUGGCAAUUUACAAGAAAAAACCGUCAAAAUUGGUUACCUAACGAAAACCUCGUUUGUGCUACACGAAGGCAACAGAGACGACAUGGGGUUUAGUUCACGCAUGGACUGCUGCGGGCAGUUCGUAAAAUAUAGUUUGUUUAUAGCAAACUUUGUGAUGUUCGUGGGCGGCGCCAUUGUCUUCUGCCUGACACUGUGGACUCUAGUGGAUCGCAGCUUUGUGAAUGAGCUUUUGGGAACGAAUCUUUUCUCCGGCGCUGUCUAUGUCCUGCUUGUCACAUCGGUCAUCAUUUGCCUGGUCUCAUUUUUGGGCUGUGUGGGCGCUGGAAAGGAAGUGAAAUGCUUGCUUUUAACGUAUUUCAUAAUAGUGGCUUUGGUUUUCGUGACCAUGUUAAUUGGCGGUGUCUUGGGCUACGUGUUUCGAGAGCGGGUGCAACAGACUAUGCGACAGGAAAUGAGAUCCACCAUGGCGCUAUACGGCAGUCGACGGGAGAUUACACAGGCGUGGGACUUGACGCAGGAGCGUUUGCAGUGCUGCGGUGUGGACACCUGGCAUGAUUGGAAUCGCUAUGGACCCGUGCCGGAGUCGUGUUGUCAGGAGUUGUUCGGGGGUCAGCGCAAGGAGUGUACCAUCUUUCCCACCAUUACGAAUCUGUACAAUCAGGGCUGUCUAUAUGUGACGACGAACUUCAUCAGGGAUCAUGCGGCUGUCAUUGGCGGCACAUCCAUUGCGGUGGCUAUACUUAUGAUUUUUGGCAUGAUAUUCUCUUGUUUGCUAUUCAAUAUGAUUGAAUAGCGCCACAUCGGAGGAGCGACUAAGGAAGAUGACAGCGCUCCGAGUGAAACCCAUUUGUAAUGUUAUCUUAAGAGUAUUAUCCGAAUGUAUGAUAUGUUAGAUCCCUUACGCGUUAGUCUUUGCGUUUGUAUUAUGUACUUCUGUAUAUGUAUAUCUUGUGUAUGUAUACGCUUAAAUAUCUUAUUAUGUAAGUCAUUAAAUGUAUACCUAGUGUACAUCCAUGUUGUAAUCGCGCCUGUUAUCAUCUGUUACAUAAUUUUGUAUUCACCUUUUUAUACGUUUUGUUAUCAUUUAAGUAAGUCCCUCAAAUUCUCCAUGUAAACAUAUAUUUUUGUUAACUUUUAAGUUUUCCUUCUAUUGUUUAUAGCGCCUGCAUAUGGUUUCAAAUACUUAAAAUACAUAUGCAAUUUUAUACACUUUGCGUAUAAGUUAAAUUCCUAAUUAUAGCUGAGAUUGGCAGAAAUU